ACCGAAUCCCGACAUCCGGCCCCACAUCAGUAGCAUCACGACAAUGACGAGUCACGACAAUGGGGGCGGCAUCUGUAUCCCUGCCGCCCAGUUGACAUUAGAUAUUAGAACAGCUUUUUCUUCCUUUACACUCUUGUAGUUCUUCUUUUCCACGGGAGAUCCUGUAACACCUACCUGGUAGUCAUGAAGAGUUCACGAAGUAUUCGAGCUGGCCUUCGUCAGGCUGGCCGUACAUCACUCUCCUCCCGCGCGACACCCCCAAAGCUCUUUCCUACGAGGACGACCGUCGCUCAACAUGCUCGACCGUUCCACGCCUCACCCGCGCGUCACAGCGGCUCCUCGAAUCCAGCAAUGGCAUUCCCCUGCCUUGACGCGCUAGAGUCACGAUCGGCACAACUGUCUUCUUCGCGAACUUCCGCAUCUUCCGGCCCCGAGCCAUCCUACACAGCAGGCGCGACGCUUUCAUACCAUUGCAAGUCGCCCUUGCUUCUCGACUGGGGCGGCGUCCUGCCAACUUUCCAUAUCGCAUACGAGACGUGGGGCAAGCUCAAUGCCGACAAGUCCAACGUGAUCCUCCUGCACACCGGGCUCUCGGCCAGCUCACACGCAAGAUCGACAGAGGCGAACCCCCAACCGGGAUGGUGGGAGAGAUUCAUUGGCCCCGGCUGCGCCAUAGACACGGACCGCUACUUUGUAAUAUGCACAAACGUCAUUGGCGGGUGCUACGGCUCGACCGGUCCGUCAUCGCUUGAUCCAGCCGACGGCAAGCACUAUGCGACACGCUUCCCCAUCCUUACUAUCAGCGACAUGGUACGCGCCCAGUUCCGCCUGCUCGACGGUCUUGGAAUCGACAGGUUAUAUGCUUCGGUCGGUAGUUCUAUGGGAGGAAUGCAGUCCCUUGCUGCGGCAACGCUCUUCCCAGACCGUGUGGCCAGGAUUGUGAGCAUUAGCGGCUGUGCGAGGAGCCAUCCUUAUAGCAUUGCGAUGCGCCACACCCAGCGCCAGGUGCUGAUGAUGGACCCGCAUUGGAACCGAGGAUUUUACUACGAGCCGGAUCAAAUCCCGCCCCAUGCUGGAAUGAAACUGGCUCGGGAGAUCGCCACCGUUACGUAUAGAUCCGGUCCCGAGUGGGAGUUGAGGUUCGGCAGGCGCAGGGCCGACCCAAACAAGCCUCCAGCGCUGUGUCCCGAUUUCCUGAUCGAGACAUAUCUGGACCAUGCCGGCGAAAAGGCCUGCCUGACCUAUGAUGCCAACAGCUUGCUGUAUGUCAGCAAAGCGAUGGACCUGUUCGAUUUGGGUGCAGAAAGCCAGCGGGCUGCCGUGCAGAGGAGGACGGCAAGGGAAGAGGAGAUGAAGGCAGGAAAAGAGGCAUCUGUGAACGAGCAGGCAGCGUGCACGCUCACGCUGCCGGAUGUUCCGUAUGAGGAGCAGCAGUCUCCGGAGGAGACGGCCGAGGCCGUGUCUGCGUCUCCAUACCCACAACCGCCAGCCGAUCUGGUGCGGGGGCUUGCUCCGCUCAGUCAACAUCCGACGCUGGUGAUGGGUGUGGCCAGCGAUAUCCUGUUUCCGGCCUGGCAACAGCGUGAAGUGGCUGACGCGCUUCGGGCUGUGGGUAACAGGAGUGUGACCCACGUAGAAUUGAGUGAGGAGCAGAGCAUGUUUGGACACGACACAUUUUUGUUGGAUUUGGAAAACAUUGGCGGCAACAUCAAGAAGUUCCUAGAGUCGUGACAGAUUUGAGCAAUGACAGUCCAAGGGGCAACAGCAUGUCCCUUUUUGUAUUCUAUUCGUCUAUCCCGCUCUAGACUGCUCGAGCAUCAACCCAGCCAGCUCCCUUUGCGUCUUCUCUUUUGUGCGGCCAAGACUCGCUGUUCCGCUGCAACCCCUUGUCUUCCUCUUGGUCCGCCAGGGCAUGAGUUUUGAAGCUUCGAAUCGGCACCCCCUCCAGGAAAAGGCGAUCUAUCUCUUCGAGAGUCCGACCGCUGCACUCGGGCACGCAGAACCAGCUGAAACUCACUGCGACAAACGCCACGGUACCAAAAAUAAACCCCACUCUAGGCCCAAGGCCGGCAUAUGCAUCAUCCAUGAGGUAUGGAACGAUAAAGGCGACCAAGAAUUGGAUAAUGAUGCUGCAUAGCCACGUUAGCUGAUAAAUGCCAUUGCUCUCGGUAGUUUUGGAAAACUUACUUGAUGGCGGAACCCAAACCGUAGAUCUUGUCGCGAAGCCUCAAAGUGGGAAUCUCAGCCGCGACCACGUGCGACAGAGGAGCCCAGCCAAGGUUGAAGCCCACGCCGAAUAGGGUGACCAUGCUCGUUAUCCCCUCGCGAAUGGGUAGGGGCGCUCUCUCCCCCCCUGCGGUUCCGAGUCCACCCAUCGUUAGUAGGGCGGCGGUUUGUAUGGAUGCGCCAGUGAUCAAGAGAGGGCUGGACCAGACAUGUCAGCAUCGCGCGACAACUUUAUAGGAGUUCGGCGGUCUACUCACACCCGCCCUACCAUGUCAGAGAGGAACAUGGUGAAGAUUAUAACCAACGUGUUGAUACACGAAUUGAUCAGCGACAUGGAAAACGCGUUGAAAGUGUUGAGAGACCGGAGAAAUAUCGUGCCGUAUUUGGACACAAAGUUGUGGCCAGUCAGCUGGAAAAAGACAUUCACGCCGCAGACAAUCAACGUCCGCUUCCGGUUCGAGCCCUGGAACACCUCUUUCCACGUUCCCUUGUCGGCGGCAACAUUUAUCGUGCUGCGGAAGCUGGCCAGCUCGUCCCUGAUCUGCUCUUCUGUAAAACGGCCCACACGUAGUCGUCUCAGUGAGGCGAGCGCGGCGUCAUCGCGGCCUUGGAGUAAGAGCCAGCGUGGGGACUGGGGUGUAUCGAUCGUCAGAUUAGUCACCUCGGAGAGUUUUCGCGGACACGAGAACCUCACCUCUGGCAUGUGCCAUAGCAUGCAAAGUAUAAUCGAAGGGAUCAAAAACAUGCACCCGUAGGGGAUGAUCCAGGAGUUGUUGGAGUCAAUGUCGCUUGUCGCACGACAGAUCAAGGAGGCGAGAAUAUGGCCAAGCUAACAAACAACAAUUGGGUUUUGGGUCAGCCAUGACAAGAUGGAAAUGAGAUGCACAUCUUGAAAACAUACUCCCAAUCCCAGCUGAUACGUCCCGACGAUGAACCCCCUGACAGGAGCAGGUACCAUUUCAGACUGAAUGAUGGGCACGACUGCCAGCUCCAUGCCGAUAUAGAGGUAAUUGAUCAUCCUGCCCGCCACCACCUGCACGCGCCCCCGCGCCGACACGCACACGGCCGCCGAGAUGAGUGCCCAGACACACAUGACGUGCAUGCUGGUCCGACGACCCCAUUUGUUACUUAUGUACGAGCCCUGAACGAGUCCCAAAAAGAAACAGAUAAACGGCAGGCUGUUGAGCAGCGACAAAAAUACCGGGUCGAGUGCAUAUUUGCCCGUCUUGGGGUCCGGGGCGCCGAAUUGUCUGUAAAAAUGUGGCAUGGCCUGCGUGUUGGAAAAGAUGCCCUGGUCGAGACCGAAAUUGAUCUGAGAUACAGCGAUCAGGACGACUGCGUACGUGAGUGCACCGUUAAAGUGCCUAGGGACGUUGGCGGCGCCCCGGAGGGUCGGUUGUGGCUUUGGAGGAGCCAUGGCAACAGUUCUUUUCCUUGUUUGACAUGAUCACAGGUGCAGUUUGCGAGAUGAACGCAUAAUUCGGAAUGGUUUGGUUAUAUGUAUAAUGAAUAGGAUGGAAAUUACCACGGAUCAGCUGCUGGGGAUAGCUGUGCCCGCCGAGAAGGUUGCAUCGUUGCCUGCAAUAUACAGCCCCUGGGAUGCUAGGAAUAGAAAUUACAGCCGUUCUGUGGUCCCGGAUUGGCGGUUUUUCGUACAACCUUAAGCACUGCCUUUCGCCCGCCCCAGCAAAGGUAAGGCCCUG